UGGCCUCACAGUGUCACAAGAGAAUGGACUGCCAGCAAUCUGAAAGGAUCUAUGUCAUCCUAGCUGCCCUGCUGUCCUGGACGGGACUGUCCGCUGAAAAUCCAUGUUAUAAAAAACAAGGCAAAGCAUUCCUUAUUCAAGAAAGUUGCAAGAAUGGUGUGAGAGUCUUUGAUUUGGAAGAAUCCGGCGUAUCCCACCUGACGAGUAUGGUCACUACGUUGGCGAUACCCAUCCUGUACACGGCUGUGUUUGUCAUCGGGCUGCCCGCAAACAUGACAGCUCUUUGGGUCUUGUUAGCCAAGAUGAAAAGGACCCCCUCUACCAUAUUACUCACGAACUUGGCUAUUGCUGACCUCCUGCUGAUCAUAUUGCUGCCCUUCAAAAUCACUUACCACUUCCUGGGCAACCACUGGAUCUUCGGGGAGCCCCUGUGCCGGACCCUCACUGCGGGCUUCUAUGGAAAUAUGUAUGGCUCCAUCCUCUGCCUCAUGUUCAUCAGCAUUGACAGAUACAUCGCCUUGGUCCACCCAUUCUCAGCAAAGAGCUUCAGAAGCAGUAAGAUGGCUGCCUCUGCUUGUGUGGUGGUUUGGGUCACUGUCGUGGGGUCCAUGUCACCCUUUGUCUUCACUCAGCAGUCCUACUCCUUCGAAAACACCAACUUCACCACCUGUCACGACGCCUUGCCCAAAGAGCUGCAGACAAAUUUGUUCUUCUACUGUUUCCUCCUUCUGUUUGGGUCUGGAUUCCUGAUUCCGUUUUCUGCUGUAUUUUUCUGCUACAUUUCUAUCUUGUGGGCCUUGAGGAGGAGCAGGGAGCGGUACAACCGCACAAUAAAGAUCACAGCCCUGGCGCCUGUGGUUUUCAUCGCGUGUUUCUUUCCCAGCAACGUCAUCUUGCUUCUCCAUUACUCCGAAUCUCACGUGGAGAAGGCCAGUGCCUUGUACUUACCCUACCUCAUCAGCCUGGCUCUCAGCACUUUCAACUGCUGCAUCGACCCCUUCAUUUAUUACUACGUGUCGGACGAUUUCAGAGCCAAAGUGAGAGAGGCAGCUGGGUGGGUCAGCCAAAACAGUGAGACCCAGAGCUCCCAAAGGACAGGGGAUGUGUACUUAUCAAACAGGAGCAAGUCUGGAGAAGCCAUGAAGCACACAAGUGUAAACGCGGGUAUGAAUUCAAUCCAUUUAGAGACAACAUGUGUGCUCUUUAACAUUACAUCCACUUUAUAAUGUGAAAUUUCUAAAUAUUAAAAUUAGUUUUUAUUAGAGCAUUUCUUUCCUUUAAGAGGAUACUAGUUCUUAAAAAGAGGAAUACAAGAGAUUUUGCAUCUUUAAAAGAUGAAAGUUUGAGAAACUGUUGCGAAUGAGAAAUCCUGUAAUUCUGCUCAAUACCUGACAAACAUGCUUUUGUAUAGAUUGUUUGUACUGUAGAUACAUUUAUUUGUUCUGUAAAUGAAAUUUCAGAAAAUCCUAUUUCUUUAUGUAAGUCCUCAGAUUUUGUAGAUGUUUUGGGCUCUAACAAAAGCAGACUAUAUUCUUUAUGAUGCACGUGUGCUCUUAUCAUUACUGCACUGCUUACCCUUUAUAACGCUGUAUUGGGGAGCCAUAGUUAACAAGACCGUGCUAUUUGUGUUCCGCCUUAUAACGGGUAUAAAAGGGUUACUGUAAUGGCAUUAUGAAGCAAAUGGGAGCCACGACUCUCCCGUGUCAUAACCGAUUCCCCACUAUAUCGAGGAGCAUUAUAAAGGGUGAGCAUUGUAUGUGUGUGUGUCUCAGGUGUAACCAGUCGCCUUCAAAAUCACAUACCAAGUUAAGUGGCCACCACCUUCGUGUAGGUUCCCUCUCCUGGGUAAUGCAAAGCAAAGACUCAACCAUGAGCAUCAAUGCUCUUUCAAAAGAACUCCGGGACAAAGUUGUUGAAAGGCACA